AUGCCCAGCUCCUCGUUAUCGGCCCACGGCCAAGCCUCUUCAGCGCGAAGCACCUCAAGCUCGCAAGAGGUCCUAGACCAACAUACGCGCGCAGCGCCUGCUUCAGAAGCCGUUACCAGCCUCUCCGUGGCCCAGUACCACCGUGAACACCGUCGCCGACACGGCACACGCUCCAUGAGCCGUCGAAGUGACGAGAGCCAAGCUCAAGAGCCUCGGGCUCCACGCAGAGGUAAUGACCUCUUGUUCGAUGAACUGGAAGAAGCCGCCUGUUUGAGGUCUUAUGUCUCGGCUCCUCGGUCUCCACCGAUGCGAGAGCUUCGAGCACCAAAUCCGUUCCCAGAACGAUCGAACACUCUACGGUCUUUGCGCGAUGCACCUCCGCUGCCCUCACGGUACGACGAGGGGGAUCAACGUGAUCCAAACGUCAUUAGGAAUGACCUGGAUGAGGCUCAGAGCUGUAUCCUGUCUACUCAGCAGUCGUCUCGACCUAUGGCCCGGCCACUUGCUCAUGCGUCGCGUCGCGACUAUGGCUUCCAGCCACGUGACGCUGCUGAGACUGCUCGUCGUGCUGCACAGCAAACCUUAGACACAUACGUGUGUGGGCCUGCUGCCGCUACUGCUGAUGAGCAGGUGCCCCGACACACGCACCGCGAGCGAUACUUGACUCCACAAGUCACAACUCCGCAGGAGGAUCGGGAGCGCUUGUGA